GGCAUCAGGUCAUUUGGCUCGACAGCGGGCACCGCGUCAUCUGGCAAGGCAGUGGGCUCCGAGUCAACAGGCACGACAGUGGGCACCGGGUCAUCAGGUACCGGAUUGUCUGGCUCGACAGCAGGCAUCGGGUCACCAGGUAUGACAGCGGGCACUGGGUCACCAGGCAUCAGGUCAUUUGGCUCGACAGCGGGCACCGCGUCAUCUGGUAAGGCAGUGGGCUCCGAGUCAACUGGUAUGACCGCGGGCACUGGGUCAGACAUUGGAUCGUCUGACUGGACAGCGGGCAUCGGGUCACCAGGCAUCAGGUCAUUUGGCUCGACAGCGGGCACCGCGUCAUCUGGCAAGGCAGUGGGCUCCGAGUCAACAGGCACGACAGUGGGCACCGGGUCACCAGGCAUUGGAUCGUCUGGCUCGACAGCGGGCAUCGGGUCACCAGGCAUCAGGUCAUUUGGCUCGCCAGCGGGCACCGCGUCAUCUGGCAAGGCAGUGGGCACCGGGUCACCAGGUACGACAGCGGGCUCUGAGUCAAUUGGCACGAUAGCGGGCACCGGAUCAUCUGGAUCAACAGCGGGCAUCGAAUCAACUGGCCUAAUAGGAUCGUCAGGCUGGAUCAGUUCAUCAUGCUGGGUAGAGGCAUCAGGCUGAA